AUGAACUCCUUCUUCGACAUUCGAGCGCGUCAAGCCGCCGCCAAAGCCGCUGCCGCCUCCUCCUCCAUCAAAGAUGACAAGACCAAAGACGACAAUCGCCUCCAACCAUGGGUCGAGAAGUACCGCCCCAGAUCCCUCGAUGACAUCGCAGCCCAAGACCACACCGUCACCGUCCUUCGUCGCACCCUCCAAUCUGCCAACCUCCCCCACAUGCUCUUCUACGGGCCCCCAGGCACCGGCAAGACCUCCACCGUCCUCGCCCUCGCCAAACAACUCUACGGCCCCGAACUUGUCAAAUCGCGCGUCCUCGAACUCAACGCCUCCGACGAACGCGGCAUCAGCAUAGUCCGGGAAAAAGUCAAAGACUUUGCGCGAAUGCAGCUGUCAAAUCCUCCCCAUGCAGAGGAAUAUAGAAAGAAGUAUCCGUGUCCGCCGUAUAAGAUUAUUAUCCUGGAUGAGGCGGAUUCCAUGACACAGGAUGCACAAAGCGCGUUGCGGCGGACCAUGGAAACUUAUUCGAAGAUUACGAGAUUCUGUUUGGUGUGCAAUUAUGUCACGAGGAUUAUUGAUCCUCUUGCGUCGAGAUGUUCCAAGUUUCGGUUCAAGAGCUUGGAUGAAGGGAAUGCCGGGAAGAGAAUUGAGGAUAUUGCUCGGCUGGAGAAUGUCAAGUUGGACGAGGGAGUGGUGGAGACGCUGUUGAGAUGCAGUGAAGGGGACUUGAGAAAGGCCAUCACGUUCUUACAGAGUGCCGCGAGACUCGUGGGGGCUACGAGUACUGCUGCGACAGAUACGAAGGUUGGCAAGAGGAAGAGGAAGACUGUAGAGGAGGACGAAGAGGAGGACGCCAUGGAUGUUGAUGCAGCGCCGGCUCAGCCUGUGACAGUAGCGAGUAUUGAAGAGAUUGCUGGAGUCAUUCCACACUCGACGAUUGAUCGACUCAUCACCGCCGUCACACCUACUGGGAGGGGCACACCGCCGUAUGGACCAAUCGCAAAGGCUGUGGAGGAUCUGGUAGCCGAGGGCUGGUCGGCAAGCCAGGUAGUGACGCAGCUGUACGAGAGGGUUGUGUUGACGAAUGAGGUGACUGGUGAUGCCGCGAAGAACAAGAUCAUGCUCGUGUUUUCUGAGACGGAUAAGAGGCUGGUCGAUGGAAGCGAUGAGCAUCUCACUGUGCUGGAUCUAUGUUUAAGGAUUGCCGGUAUUCUGGGCGGGGAUCAGUGAUAGCACCAAACAAGGAUCCUAAGGGAAGUCGCCGCAAAGCCCGGAUGGGCAUAAAUAUGUUUCAGCGUCGGCGUUCUGGUAUGGAUGGCUGCACAGUACAAAUCGCCGAAGAGGCUGUUGGUUCUGUAUCAGCUGUGUUCUCGGUUGACUAUCGAGGGCCUUGCGGCAAUUCAUGGUCAUGUCCAUCUCCUAUUCCCUUCCACAUGCCACACUCGAAGAUUCCGCGAAUAACAGCCAUCACAGCAUCAGAGUAUCUCCAGGCGCUUCCCCUGAUCUGCAAGCAAACUCGAGCCGCGUGCACCGCCAUAGAUAGAAGAAGC